CGGCCUUCGAUCUUCAACUCGCAGCAUGUACGUGGUAAUCUCAUCAUUCACGGAGCCUGCCCAGUAAUCGAAACAACAUGACAGAUCCAUACUCCGACGACGUCCCCUACCCGUUCACUUUUCAAACAGGAAGGGAAAUCAAGACAAAGCGUCAUAGCAGCGGCCCUGAAACCGUAACCCUAACCUUCCCCAAUUCGCGAGGCCGGCUGGUCUCCGCGCAAGCAUCGCGGCUGCGAUCCAUGACGCUAGAAGCAUGGGCCGACAAGGCCAAAAUCCUCGCCACACCUUGCUCUUACGACGCGCUCUCGUCGCGGCUUGUCGAGGAAGCUGGAUUCCCCUUUCUCUUUCUGUCUGGAUACACCGUGGCGAGCACCCACGGGCUUCCCGACACGGGGUACAUCGCAAUGCAGGAGAUGUGCGACAAGGUGCAGGAAACGGCAAGGCAGGUGUCGAUCCCCAUCAUGGUGGACGGCGAUACUGGCUACGGGAGUGCGGUGAAUGUGAAGCGCACUGUUGAGAGCUUCGCUGUGGCGGGUGCGGCGGGUAUCAUGAUCGAGGACCAGACCUGGCCGAAGCGCUGUGGGCAUACGAAAGGAAAGUCGGUUGUUUCUCGCGAAGAAGCAUUCGCGCGUAUCCAGGCUGCCUGUGAUGCUAGAGACAACGGCCUUGACAUCUUCAUCCUGGCUCGCACGGACGCUCUCAUCCUUGGAUGGGACGAGGCAGUCUAUCGAGCCAGGGAAUUCCACAGAAUCGGCGCGGAUGCCGUCUUUGUCGAGGCCCUCCCUGACCGCGCUGCCAUGGGGCGAGCUAUCAAGGAGACUAGAGUGCCGAUGAUGGCCAACAUCAUCGAAGGGGGUUUGACAGAGAAUCUAUCUGCCGUGGAAUUGGCAGACCUAGGGUUCGCCGUUGUUGCGUAUCCGUUCACGCUUGUCGCUGCCAAGUUGAAGAGCAUCCGGGAGACGUUGCGUGCUCUCAAGGGGAGUAUGCCUGUUGGAGCUCCGCCUACGAUCCUCUCGGCAGAAGAUGUCUGCAAGGGCGUGGGCUUCACCGAGUACUGGGAUCUUGAACGGAAGUACGCUGGCGCUGUAAAUGGUGAGACAAAUGGCGAUACUGGCGUGAUUGCACAUACAGAGGUACCUUGAUUUGUCCAUUGAUUGCAUCGGUACCUCGGAUACGUUCAUUCUUAAUAUUAUUUCCUUAAUUAUAUACAACUUCGAUGGGUGAAGUCUAGCCAGGAAAUGAAGGAAGAUUCCACAAGAAGCUCCAGUCACCCUCCUCCAAACCUACAAGUCCCGCACACUCAUCCUCAUCUAUAUGAGCUCCAAAAGGCGCCAUCGAGAUAUCCAGAGG